CGCCGCGCGCUCCGCCUCGCUCCCAACCGGACACGCGCAAGAUGGCGACUGCGAGUCCGACAGAGGUACUUGCCGGCGGUCUGCCCUGACGGGCCUCCGCCGCCAUGUUGGUGAGGGCGGGCGCGGCGCUGCUAGGUCUGCCCCGCAGCCCCCGCCCGUGGGUAGGUGGGGGCGGAGGGAUGAGGCGGCUGAGCGGGGGCGCCCCUCCCCCACCCGCGGCUGUUCGGUGCUUCCCGCUCAGCCGCGCGCUCCUGCGCGUGCAGGGGCCCGAGGCGGCCACCUUCUUGCAGGGGCUGCUCACCAAUGACGUGGAGCGACUGGUGACGGGUGGGGCGGACCGUCCCCCGGAGGGCGGGGCUCCCUCGCCACAGAGCUCGCCCCCGCCACGCGCUCAGUACACGCAUGCGCUCAACGUGCAGGGCCGGUGCCUCUAUGAUAUCAUCCUCUACAGGCUUCAUAAAAGUCAAGAAGAGGAACCAAAUAUCCUGCUGGAGUGUGACUGCUCAAUGCUGGAUUCUGUUCAAAAGCAUUUGAAAUUGUACAAGAUCCGGAGGAAAGUAGAUGUAGCCCCCUGCCUUGAUCUCUCUUUGUGGGCAGUCAUCCCAGAGGAACAGUCUGGAGAUGUUUCCAGUAUCCUUGAUAAAUGUGCAGACAAAACUUUGGUUUUAACUCCUGAUCCCAGAGCAGAAGUCAUGGGUUGGAGAUUGAUUACAAACAAAGAGGAAAAUCCACUAGAAAUUGUCCCUGGAAGUCAUAUAGGAAAUGUUAGCGAUUAUCAUAGGCACAGGUACAAACAAGGAAUAGCUGAAGGUGUAAAAGACAUCCCCCCAAGAGUAGCCUUGCCACUGGAAUCCAACCUGGCCUACAUGAAUGGCAUCAGUUUUACCAAAGGCUGUUAUAUUGGGCAGGAGUUAACAGCCAGGACCCACCACAUGGGUGUCAUCCGCAAACGCCUAUUGCCAGUGCAGCUUUCAGCUCCUUUGCCAUUGGGAAGCAUUCCCGAGGGUGCUGCAAUCUUAACUGAAUCGGGAAAGUCAGCUGGCAAGUACCGCGCUGGUGGAGAUGAACUUGGCAUAGCUUUGCUGCGAUUAGCUAACAUAAAUGAGCCACUUCAUAUCAGUUUACCAGGCGACACUAGUGUGAACCUUACUGCAUCUAUACCUAACUGGUGGCCAAAAACUACCAACAAAUAAAUGAGGAAUCCUGUGUGGCACAUCUGCCUUACUUAACAAACUUUGUCUGAUAGGCUGGGAAAUUCAUUCACUCUCUCACUCCCUUCCAUCAUGUCUUCCUUUGUCUUUACCUUUUAUUUGCAGAACUUGAGCAGUGUGUAUUACAAAAGGGUCCUUGGGAACUGGGCCAAAAGGCAGAAGGAACCUGAUGCAUCAUCGAGUCAUUGACAAAUCAAGGGCUAAGUGGAGAAGCACAUAGGAGAGCAGAGAAAUAUUCAGCAAAGUCUUGUAAAGUUCAGGAGCAGGAGUUUCUGCUGCUUGCUUCCCCUUAAGGGAGAGGUGUAUGGGGAGGGAGAUUAAGGAGACUUGGGCUGUGCUGGGCAACUAGGCUCCGUUCCUGAAGAUCCUUGACCCAGCCACAGCACUCUUGUGGCCCAUCCUCUCCCUCUGUGACCUGUACCAUACUUCCCUCCCUGAAAGAGAGUGAAGACAGGCCAAUUAUUGCUGGUUGUAUCAGUCCCAUGGGAAUUUGCAUGGUACAGAGGAGAUCUCUAUACUGACUUCCACUAGCUGAUUAGCUCACCCAAAACCAAGGACCCACAGCUCUGCAGAGAGGGACUUCCGUGGGCUCUGGAACCAUAGAGGAGCCUGUCACAGAGACACUGCUCCCCAGCUCUGUGUCUGGGAGCUUUGCUGGGAAUUUUUGGUUUCCUCCCAUGACAUAGUGGAUGGUUACAUAUAGCUUGAAGAGUCUCUUUGGGGCAGAGGGAGGAGGCUUGGCAUGGGUGAGGAAUAUUAAGGAGUCCAGUGGGGCUGCUAAGGAAUCCAGCCCCUACUCUAUGUGAGGUGCCCUGGGUUUAUUUGGGUGGUGCUGGAUCUGGGACCUGCUGCCCUCCAUUGGAUGGAUCAAAACUUAUUCUGAAUAUAGUGCUGCAUAUAUUGAAAUGCUGAAAGGGGAGGUGGGAAUAGGAAUUUUAUCACAGUAUGUGUCAAAUGUUUUUAUAUCGGAUUAUUUUUGUGGUAUUGUAAGGCUUUUUAAUAGCAGUGUGCUGCCCAUUUCUUUCAAUAGCGUGUGUUUUUGCUACACUCUGGCUAAAAUGUUCACUGUGAACGUUCCUUGCAUCAGGCUUUCUGCACCGCUCCUAAAUUGCUGAUUGAUGAGAGCUUUUUCUGUCAUUACUGUUAACUCUCUCUGAAGGAAUAGGAAUGGAUUGUACUCUGUCUGCAUUUGAAAUAAGAAUUUUGCUUUUAAUACUUGACCACAUGGGCGAGCAAUGUAUGCAGAUGAUGUAAUAUCAGUAUGUACUCUACUGUUGCAAGGUCAGCAGAGGGAGCACAAUGGUCAAUAGUAUACCCACAGCUGCCCUGCCAUGGCCAGGAUACUGGUAAUAAAGGCCUGGGCUAUGCACAAGUUCAUGUCGGGGUGUGAUAUUUACUGAAAUAGGUACGCCGAUACAACUCCUAGUCUGCACACAAUCAUACUUGUAUAAAGAUGCCUUCCUCAUCCUUUAUGGGAAUAAACUAUAUUGAUAUAAACUUUAUACCAGUAUAAUUGGUUUAAAUUUGUCAGCAAAUGUUGAGGUUUUGGUUGGCAGAAAUCACAAAUAAGGGUACGUAUAUGCUAGAAAUGCUACAGUGAUACAGCUGUGCCACUGUAGUUUUAGGCACUUGCUACAGCCACAGAAAGGGUUCUUCUAUCGAUGUAGUAAAUCCCCAUCUCUGAGAGGUGGUAGGUAGGUUUGACAGAAGAAUUCUUCUGGUGACCUACCACUGUCUACACUGGGGCCUAGGUUGGCUUAACUAUGUUGCACAGGAUGUAAAAUUUUUCACAGUCCUGAGUGAUGUAGUUGAGCUGACCUAACUUUGUAGUGUUGAUGAGGCCUGAGUGUAGACGUAUGCAAAACUGUACUGCCAAAAGGAAACUUUCACUGGCAAAACUUUCUAGUGUACACCAGGUCUAAGUGUAGCCAUGCUAAGGAGGUUGUACCACUUUAAAUAUACAAGUAUAGUUAAUAGUUAAAAGAGUACAACUUUCUGUGUAGACAAGCCUAAAUAAAGGUACUAAGAACACAUAAAUAAAAUAUUAGGACCAUGUGCCUUGUGAUUCUUAAAAAAGAAAAAGUGCCAAAAACCUUCAGGAGGCAGCCAAAACCCCAGGCGGUAUGACUGUUCCCACACAAUCUCUUCAAAGUCAAUGAAGGGACAUGUCCCCUCCCCAAGGUGAGAUGUCCACUCCUUCCCUGCCAACAUGAAUCUCAGCCACAUAGAGGGCUCUCUCUGGGGGAUGGGGGACAGUGCCACAAAUAUGCAUGAGGGAGUAACAAUCCUGCCUUUGAUAAGAAAAUGCUGAGUAGAGCCUGUGCAGUGCCCUAUGGAUCUGAGGCCUGCUUGCCACCCACACUCCAUGCCCUGUUCUUCCCAGCUGUCUAACUCUUUUGCCCUAAACUAGGGGGUUUUCCAGGCCCGCACUUUCCUCACUGCUUCACUACUGCCCCCAUCCUCCCAACAGCUUCAUGUGGCCCCCAAACAAGGCCUUCGGGUUAGUCCCUGCUGCUGGCUCUUACUGAGGGUUUCUCUAGCCACCUUACUUCCUGGGUGCUCAAACCUGCACCCAAAAAUUUGGGGCCCCUUUGACUGCUGCUACUUCAUGUUGGCUACUGCUGCUUUUUCCAUCUUUGCACCUCUUCCCCCCCACCCCACUCAGGGCCUCCUCUUCCUCACUCCCUCUAACCCUAAACUAAUUUAUAGAAGCUGUGUGUAUUUUUUUUAAGUAAAUAAUGUGAACUCAGAAGUGAGGUGUGGGGAAGAGGAGUGAGGGGGAUGAAUGAGUAGGGUCCUGAUUGAAUGGGUCUGGAAGGAGCCCAAGAUGAUGAACUAGCCCUGUUUAAUAUUUGUUUGAAAUAACCAUUGUCCAAAGAGCAUUUCAUCGUUGCCUUGCUGUAGCCAUUACUGUGAAGUGAAAUGUGUAUGAAAAAUGCUUAUAUUCAUUAAAACUCCUCAGGCUUGCUGUAAAAGAAAUCUGUGGAAUUACUCAUUAAAAGUUAGCUAUGUCAAUGAUUUAAUAUUGGUGCUUCUGUGUGAUUGGCCUGUAGGUUAGGUGGAGUUGCACAGACAAAGGUCUUUUAUUUUUCAGUGAUAGUAGUACGUUAUGUUGGCAGAUGUGCUUGUCUUCACAGAAGGGUUCUGCUCAUAUGCCCACUGUAGUCAAUGUGGUCUUAACCCAUUCUGGAUCAAUGUCAAGAUGUUAAAUUAAGCAUCCUCUAACUACCAGAACAGGAAGUUAAAGAUGAACUGGAAGGCUUGUUACCUGUCAAGACGAAGUUCACUUUCUGCUGUUUCUCCUGCAAAGGAUGAUAUCAUUAAUACCUUAAAGAACAAGAAGGUGCACAAGAAGGGUUGUUUUAGGUGGUCAGUAAGGCAGCUCCUUGUGCUUUUUAUAUAAAUCUCCACGUGCAGUUUGGGAUCAUCAUUUUUCUUAAUUAAAAAAAAAAUCAGUUUUUCUUUAAAGAUUACCCGUUACUAUUGGACAGGAGCAGGGGGUAGCUGCAAUCUCUUGGCCACUGUUGUGCCUCCCUUCUUAAUGCCAGUAAAACUACCUGUGUUUUAACUAGCACUGAUCUUGAAGACUUGUCUUAUUAACCGUGUAUGAUGAGUGCCAAGUUUGCCUGACAGACAUCAUUCUGACGCUACAAAACUAAAAUUGCCUUUGGGAUAUAAGAAAAUUGAUAAAGAAUCAUAGAAAUGUAGGACUGGAAGGGAUCUCAGUCUAGUCCAGUCCCCUGCACUGAGACCAUCCCUGACAUGUGUUUGUCUAACCUGUUUUUAAAACCCUCCAAGUAGUAAUAUUAUUUGUGUUAAAUAUUUAAAAAUAAAAGCCUCUAUUAAGGCACAAGAGGAAUUGGGACUAUAAAAGAUAAAAGGAAUCCUUCUCAAUGACAGCAAUUGUCCCAGUAUUCUUCAGUUACAGAUAGGGUUAAAAAUCUAAUUAUCAUUGUGAAAUAAGUUACCUUUUUUGUUUGUUUGUUUGUUAUUAAAAUGUUUAUUGGCAGCUCCCAUUUGAAGUGUUCCCAUCCAAGCUUUUCUAAACUUAACUCAAGUGUUAAUCUUGAUGAGUGUACUGUUGUGCAGAAGUACUCCAAGUUGUCCAAGGUAAUAAAAGUCCAAUUUAGCCUGUUACAUAAAAUUGUUUAUAAAGUCAGCAAAAGUUAGACACUGUUUUCUAGGGUUACAUUUUAAAAAAUGUUGACGCAGCUCGAAAUGGCUACCUUCUUGUUUACCUAUUAAGUGAGAGAUCAAACAGACUGUUAAUUUCCAAACUUGGUCAAAUAAACUUAGUCAAAUAAUAAUUACUCUAUUUUUGCUGAAAGUCUUAUCAUGAAAUCCAUCAAUGAGACAUAUAAGUGAUGCUUGGCUACUUACCCACGAAGGAAAAAAAUGAAAAAAGGCCUCUAUUUUCAUUUAUUUUGGGCAAGGAUAUUUUUGUGCGAUUGAAGAAUUGUUUGGCUGUGGUAUUGACAUAGGAAUGAGUCCCUGAAGAGUCUUUUUAGUGCAGUCUUUUCAGAUUAUGUAAGAUUCCUCAGUAUCAGUCAGUUCUUAGGUUGCUUAUAGAGUUUUUUGUUUUAUUUUUUUAAGCUUGAACUAGAAAUUAAUCUGUAGUGCUUUAGACUUUCUGGAUUCUCUGAAUGUGACAAAGGAGAGACUGUGUAGAAUAUGCUUAUGCUGGUUUGUCAAGAAAAGCUUUUCCCUCCGCCACCAAUUGCGCAAGCUCUUCUCAGAAUAUUUAUAUGGUACUACUGUAUAUGCACCAGGAAUAAACACAGUUUCUUCUUUUCA